CGCGGGCCACUCCGGGCGGUGUCGCGCGAGCAGCAGUCAGUGUCAGGUGUCCUUCAGGUUUCUCAGAAGCUCUGACUGAACGGAAGUUCUCACAGGUUGACAGACAUGGAGAACGGUUCCUUUAAUCGCCGGUCCUGGGCAGCGCAAUCCUUGCGUAUCACCGCUAAGGAGCUGUCGCUGGUCGGUGGGAAGAAAAACGCCAUUGCAGAUCGAUUCUCCAAGUACCAGAAAGCUGCUGAGGAGUCCAGUGCAGAGAAGAAAAAAGGAACCAUCGAAGGUGCUCCAACCUCUCUGCGCUCUGGCAACUUGAGCGCUCUUAAGAAGCGCUGGGAGCAAGCAGGAAACCUAAAUCAGGAUAAAAAAGCCCCAGCUCCAGCUCCGAGUGGGUCCAGCCUUCGCCGCAGACAUUCAGCCCUGACCAAGCCUGCUCCCAUCCGUGAGGAACCACCGCCCGUGAAGCCUCAGGACCCACCUAGCGAUCAGGGGGAUCAGCGUGCAGCCAGGCGGGUCCAGCAGCCUCCUGUAGCCCCAGUGGGUAAAGAGCAGAGAGGGAUGGACAGGGAUGAGGUCACAGAGAGAGAAAAACCUCAGCCCAUUGAGGAGGAAGUUCCCACCAGCCCAAGCGCUGCUUAUGAAAAGCCCAGGGUGCCGCUGAACAACCUAAAGAUGAAGUUUGAGAAGCGAGAAGAUUCCACUAGGGAGGUUGGUCGGUCAACACUACGCAGCACUUCAUCCGAGGACUCAGAAAAUCCCAUCAGUACACGUGGUUUGAGCCGAUCUUCAUCUAUGAAGGAGAAGUUGGCCCAGUAUCAGUUUGCCGUUGCUAAACAAGACACCAGCCGCUCUGCUCAGCCAUCAGAGGGGUCUGCUCCAAGAAGAUCUGUAUCUAUGAAAAUCAGACACACUCCAGCAGCCGAGUGCAACGGAGAAGGCACCGAACAACCCAAAGUAACCAGGAAGUUUCGGCCAGUGGUGAGGGAAACAUGCACGGCCUGUGAGAAAACAGUGUACCCGCUGGAGAAGCUGGUGGUUUGUGGGAACAUUUACCACAAAAAAUGCUUCGCCUGUAUUCACUGCAACACAAAGCUGGGUCUGGGGAACUAUGCUUCUCUGCACGGGAAGAUCUACUGCAAGCCGCAUUUCAGCCAGCUGUUCAAAGCCAAAGGAAACUAUGAUGAAGGUUUUGGUCAUCGUCCUCAUAAGGAGCUGUGGGAACCUCGGGAUGAAGAUGAAAGUGAGGAAGCGCCAAAGCCUAAAGAGCCACCAGUGGUGGUGAAACAAUCAGCUGAGAGAGUGUCUGACACGCAGCCAGAGCCUAAUGGGGAAACAUCCCCCCAGGUGAAGGUCACAGACAUGGCAGCUUUACUGGAGACCCGCACAAAGAAGCAUGUUGGUUCUGGAGAGAAGACCCAGUCUGCAGACAAGCCAGCCGAGACCCGUAAGCUGAAGGUCGCCUGGCCUCCUCCUGCUGGCGAAGACCAAUCUGGAACAGGACCGCUGAGUCCAGCUGCGGAGGAGGUCCCUUCAAGCCGACCCUGGAGAGCCAAGUGGCCCCCAGAGGAUGAAGUGCAGUCAUCUUUCCAGAGCUCCGAGCGGGCCGAGCUCAAGAGCCUGAGGAGGAGCACCUCUCUUAAGGAACGCAGCCGUCCUUUCACACUUGUGGCCAAACCCAAUCCUACAGCAGCCGCAGGUCCUAGAGAGCCCCGCCGUCCUCUCAAGGGACUGCUGGAAUGGAGGGCAUCAUUUGAGGAGAAACAGUCGACUGAGGAAAGACCCAAAGAAAACAACAAACAGGAGGGAAAGCAGAGGACAAAUGAAACAACAAACGGAGCAGGAAUCACCUUAAAGGAGGAGAAGGUGACUCCGAAUGAAGAUAAGAAGGAGAGGAUGGAGAAAGCAGAGAGGGAAGCUGGAAAAGAGAACCACUCCUCUCAGGAUGUGGAAGACAACAAAGAGGGGAGUGAUGGCGAGGAUCUGAGCGCUGAGGAUAUAAUCAAGAGGAACCGCUACUACGAUGAAGAUGAUGAGGACUCAUUAGUGUAAGAUCAUCGGCCCAUGAUUUCACUUCCAAAAAACCCUAACAUAAAAAAACAACAACUUUUCAUCUCAUAUAUCGAUCAUUAAUUUAGUUUUUCCAGAUUUCGCACCAACAUAAACCAAAACUAUACCAGCUAUCUGUGAACUAAGCACAAAUGUCUUUUUGCUUUUGUUUCAAUAUUUGUAAAUAUAUAUAGAAAAUGCUCAUUAAAUUGCAUACCCUCUUUAAAAUGAAGAAAAGCAUUAAAUUAGAUUCUUUUUACUACAUGUUUUAUAUUAGCAACGCUACCAAAACAUUGGGUAAAACUCUUGUUCUCACUCAGGGAUGAAAAAGCUGGUUGUUGUCCAGUUUUGUCCAUGCCUUCCUAAUAGAUCCUCUCUGAACUGUUGUUUUAUUUCUCGUAAAUGUUUCUGAAUAUUGUUUUUUAGUAAAAUUUUGAUUUAGCUGUCAGGAUUCCAGCUGCAUUAAAUGUGACAGUCUUCAUUCCUUUACGUAGUCUGGCAUAUAUUCAUACGUAGCUUGUGUAAUUAGACGAUUAUUUGUAAUUGUGUUGCAUUUUACAAAAGCUGCCAUUUUUCUCAAAUCAUCUCUUGAAAUGGACCAAACCAGCUGCCAAUAUUUCAAUGUCAAAUUGUACUUUCCAACAUCUCUAGGGGCCUUUUAAGCAUAAAGAAACACUUCCACAUGUAAUCCUUUUUUUUAUGUGAAACAUUUUUAUGUAUUUCGUUGUUUGCACAACAAUCUAUCUUCUUGCGAUUGAGAUCAGUCUGUUGCUGAAACAGAAUAAACUACUGAGA